AUGAGAAGAAGCAUCUACUUGGACAACACUAUCGAAUUUCUGAAAGGGAGGGUGUAUCUGGGAGCGUACGACUAUACCCCAGAGGAUACCGAUGAGGUCGUUUUCUUCACAGUGGAGGACUCAAUCUUCUACAACAGUUUCCAUCUAGACUUUGGUCCAAUGAACAUUGGCCAUCUGUACCGUUUUGCCGUUGUCUUCCACGAAAUACUAAAUGAUCCGGAGAAUUCAAACAAAGCCGUCGUUUUCUAUUCAUCAGCAUCUUCUAGGCAGAGGGCCAAUGCAGCCUGCAUGCUCUGCUGUUACAUGAUCCUUGUUCAAGGGUGGACACCGCAUCAAGUGCUGCAGCCGCUGGCUCAGGUGGAUCCUCCGUUCAUGCCAUUCAGAGACGCAGGUUAUUCGAAUGCAGACUUUGAAAUCACUAUACAAGAUGUCAUUUACGGUGUUUGGAGGUCUAAGGAGAAAGGGUUAAUAGACCUGCAUUCUUUCAACUUGGAAGUCUACGAGAAGUACGAACACGUUGAAAAUGGUGAUUUUAAUUUGUUGACUCCAGAUUUCAUCGCCUUUGCCUCCCCCCAAGAGGACGAAAGAAUAAACGAUGUUGGUGGGAACUAUAAAUCCCAUUUGAACCAACCCUUUCGAAGUGUUCUUAAAUUUUUUUCGGAAAAUGACGUUCAACUGGUAGUACGACUAAACUCCCACCUCUAUAAUAAGAAACAUUUUGAGGACCUGGGGAUCAAGCAUGUUGACAUGAUUUUCGAAGAUGGUACAUGCCCAGACUUAUCAAUUGUGAAAAGCUUUGUCGGGGCAGCAGACACAAUAAUUAAAAGGGGAGGCAAAAUUGCCGUUCAUUGCAAGGCUGGUUUAGGAAGAACGGGCUGCUUGAUAGGUGCACACCUAAUCUACACAUACGGAUUUACUGCAAACGAGUGUAUCGGAUUUUUAAGAUUUAUUAGACCCGGUAUGGUAGUUGGUCCACAGCAACACUGGUUGUAUUUGCAUCAGAAUGACUUUAGGGAGUGGAAAUACACCAUGAGACUGUCAUUACAACAGAGCGAUCUGAUCGGCGGGUUGUUCCCGCUGGUGCCGGUAGAGCAGUAUCGUCUACAGAAGAAAAAAUUGAAAGAUGGGAGAAAGGAAUGGCAAAAUGGUAGAGAUGUAACAACUACUCCAGGUCAAAGCAAAUUGUCGGAUUCUGUCAUGCCAAGUAGCGCGUUUUCCUCCGUUGCAGUGCCACAGCACUCUCCAGGUCAGCCAAGGAAAGGCCAAAAUGGUUCCAACACGAUUGAGGAUAUUGCAAAAGUGAAGAAUAUCGAUGCGAAGGAGAACAACGCCAAUGUUGCCGUGGACAACAACUCUGACGAAGACAUGAUGCAAACGGACGAAUCUAGCAAUGGAAGGAUAAACAAUAAAGGUAGUCAGACGAUUCCCACCAACGGCAACGGCAAAGACGAUGCCCUUCUGAAACAAUUGUUACCAAAGAAUAGACGGGCCAUGUCGGGUAGGAGGCUACCCAGUUCAGCAGGUGGUGUUAGAAAAAUGAGUGGGACCAAAAAGGGCAUCUCGUAG